GCUGUCUCAGACUUGCUGUCUACCUUGAACAAUUCGUGACAGACUGCUGACAGCCUACGGAUACGCCCAAUAUGAAACAGAGGUUCUCGUCCUUGGACGUCAAGGUCGUCGCACACGAGCUUGCCGAAGCACUUGUCUCUUUACGCCUAGCGAAUAUCUACGAUCUCAACUCCAAAAUCCUCCUUCUCAAAUUUGCCAAACCGGACAACAGGCAGCAAGUCCUCAUCGAGUCCGGCUUCCGCUGCCACUUGACCGAUUUUGCCCGCGCUGCCGCUCCCGCUCCCAGCGCCUUCGUCGCACGCCUGCGCAAGUUCCUCAAGACACGCCGCGUGACGGGGGUUUCCCAAAUCGGAACAGACCGCAUCAUCGAGUUCCGGUUCAGCGAUGGAGCAUAUCGGUUAUACCUCGAAUUUUUCGCCGGCGGCAAUGUUAUCUUGACGGAUGCCGAGUUGAAGAUCCUCGCGCUAUUGCGGAUUGUCCCCGAGGGGAAGGGACAGGAACCCCAGCGAGUGGGCUCGACAUAUUCGUUGGAGAACCGGCAAAACUUGGGCGGCGUCCCUCCCUUGACGAAAGAGCGUCUUCGGGAUGCCCUCACGGCGGUAACAGCGCAAGCUGUGACCGAGAAGGCCAAGAAAAAGGGGUCGGAUGGCCUGAGACGGGGCAUCGUCACGACCAUAACCGAGCUUCCUCCGGUCCUUAUUGACCAUGUCUUUCGCCUCACGGGCUUCAACCCCGCCACCAAGCCAGCCGAGAUCCUGAACGACCAGUCGUUAUUUGACGCGCUGUUUGGUUCACUGGAGAAGGCCCGGUCAAUUUUAGACGAGGUUACGAGCUCGCCUACUGCGAAGGGAUACAUCAUUGCGAAGCCCAACCCACACGCGGCCGAACUGGCUAAAGAGGGCGGGGAGGAAGAGGAUGCACAGAAAGGCAAGGCGCGGAACCUGCUGUACGAGGAUUUCCAGCCAUUCUUGCCUAAGCAGUUCGAGGACAUGCCGGAUUGCCAGGUAUUGUCUUUUGACGGCUACAACAAGACGGUCGAUGAUUUCUUUUCUUCGCUCGAGGGUCAAAGGCUCGAGUCUCGCUUGCAGGAGCGCGAGAUCACCGCUAAGCGGAAGCUUGAGGCCGCUCGUCGCGACCAGGCCCAGCGGAUUGAAGGACUUCAAGACGUGCAAUUGCUGAACCUCCGCAAAGCCGCAGCCGUCGAGGCCAAUAUUGAACGGGUCCAAGAAGCAAUGGACGCCAUCAACGGGCUGCUUCAGCAGGGGAUGGACUGGGUAAAUGUUAACAAGCUGGUGGAGCGGGAGCAGAAACAGCACAAUCCGGUCGCCGAGAUGAUUAAACUCCCGAUGAAGCUCCACGAAAGCGUGAUUACGCUACUCCUCGGUGAGGAGGAAGAGGAAGGCGAGGCUGAGGGUGGUGAGAUGGACUUUGACUACGACACGGAUGAAGAAACGGCCGAUGAUGCCGCAGAAGAGAAAUCCAAAGGGCCGGAUAAGCGGCUCUCUAUCGACAUCAACCUAAAACUCACUCCGUGGAAUAACGCCCGGGAGUACUACGACCAGAAGCGCACAGCAGCCGAUAAGCAACAAAAGACUGUUCAACGGUCCGAGAUCGCCCUCAAGAACGCAGAGCAGAAGAUUGCCGAGGAUCUCAAGAAAGGACUAAAGCAAGAGAAACCCAUACUUCAGCCCAUCAGGAAGCAAAUGUGGUUCGAGAAGUUUACUUGGUUUAUCUCGUCAGACGGUUACCUUGUGCUCGGCGGUCGGGACGCGCAGCAGAACGAGAUCCUCUACAAGCGCUAUCUUAGGAAAGGCGACGUCUAUAUCCAUGCGGACAUGCACGGCGCGUCAAGCGUCGUCAUCAAGAACAACCCCAAGACGCCCGAUGCCCCUAUCCCACCGUCAACACUUGCCCAGGCUGGGAAUCUGUCUGUGUGCUGCUCCAGCGCGUGGGACUCGAAGGCGGCAAUGGGCGCCUGGUGGGUGAACGCCGACCAAGUCUCCAAGUCGGCGCCGUCUGGCGAGUACCUCCCUGUCGGUUCUUUCAUGGUCCGCGGGAAGCGUAACCUGUUGCCCCCAUCGCUCUUGAUGCUUGGCUUUGGGUUAAUGUUUAAGAUCUCUGAAGAGAGCAAGGCUAGGCACGGCAAACAUAGAUUGUAUGACGUGGACACGAGCACCACUGGCGCGGCUUCUGUGAGUGCCGCCACCGAGGCGGAUGCUGUCUCUGAUGGAGAAGAUAUCAUGGGAAGUAGCGACGAGGAGGGAGAUGAGGAUGGGGACAAGAAAGAAAACCCUCUGCAGUCAGGGGCAGCGGGCGAAGAAGAGGGUGAAGAAGAACCGGAACUCGCGCCACAGCAGGAUUCCGAGCCACCAACCGCCGACUUAGUGCAGCUCCAUGUUAACCAAGACGCUCCGGUCGCAGCUGAGCCCGGGGAAGAAGAAGCAGGAGGGAGCCAACCCAACCCCGAUGAAGACGAGAACGAAGAGGACGGCGAGGCCGAAGCCGAGGCCGAAGUAGAAGACUCCCACGCCUCAACCCGCCCCGAAACACCGUCCACCUCCUCCCAACAACCCCAACAAAAAGCCCGCCCCCCCAAGCGCGGCCAGCGCGGCAAAGCCAAAAAGAUCGCCACCAAAUACAAGCACCAAGACGACGAAGACCGCGCCGCAAUGGAAAAGCUCCUCGGCGUAGCCGCAGCACGGGAAAAAGCCGAGAGCGAAGCGGCCGCGAAAGCCCAGCGCGAAGCCGACGCCGCCGCAGCAUCCGAGCGGCGCCGCCAGGCCCAAGAGCGCGCGCGCAAGCAGAUCGCCGAGCACGAGGAGGUCCGCCGGGCGAUGCUCGAGGAGGGCGGCGACGCCUCCCUACAACUACCCGACGAGCCCGCCACCGCCGCCGACGCGGCCACCGAGCUCGCGCCCCUCGACGCCCUCGUCGGCACCCCGCUGCCCGGCGACGAGAUCCUCGAGCUGGUCCCCGUGUGUGCGCCGUGGAACGCGCUCGCCCGCCUCAAGUACAAGGCCAAGCUGCAGCCGGGGCAUGUCAAGAAGGGAAAGGCGGUGAAAGAGAUUGUGGAGCGGUGGCGUUUGGCUGCCGGGAAGAAGGGGGCGGUGGAUGAGAAAGCCGCGGCCGAUGAUAAGAUGUGGCCGCGCGAGGUCGCGCUGAUUAAAGGGAUGAAGGUCGAGGAGGCGUAUAAUGUGGUGCCGGUUGGCAAGGUGACGGUGAUGAUGUCGGGGGGUGCGAUGGGGGGUGCAGCUGCGGGGGGGAAGGGAGGUGGGAAGGGGGGUGGUGGUGGCGGUGGUGGGCAG